AUGGAGGUGAAGGUAGUGAAGAAAAGGAUAGUGUUGGUUCCUGUUCCAGCACAAGGCCAUGUAACUCCGAUUAUGCAACUUGGGAAAGCUCUUGACUUGAAAGGGUUCUCAAUCACUGUUGUUCAGACACAGAAUAAUCGAGUUAGCUCUUCCAAAGAUUUCUCUGAUUUUCAGUUUCUCACCAUCCCGGAUAGUUUACCUGAGUCUGAUCUCAAAACCCUAGGGCCACUCAAGUUUAUGAUCAAGCUCAAUCAAACCUGUGAGGCAAGUUUCAAGCAAUGUUUAGGUCAACUAUUGAAGGAACAAAGUAAUGCUCAUGACAUUGCUUGUGUUGUCUAUGAUGAGUACAUGUAUUUCUCUGAAGCUGCAGCUAAGGAGUUUCAACUUCCUAGUGUUGUCUUCAGCACUACAAACGCUACUGCCUUUGUCUGUCGCUCUGUUAUUGCUAAAGUCAACGCGGAGAAGUUCUCGAUAGACAUGAAAGAUCCUAAAAUUCAAGACAAAGUGUUUCCAGGGUUGCAUCCUCUAAGGUACAAGGACCUACCUACUUCAGCAUUUGGGCCAUUAGAGAGUACUCUCAAGAUUUACAUUGAGACUGUUAACGUUCGAACAUCUUCCGCUGUUAUCAUCAACUCAGCGAGCUGUCUAGAGAGAUUGUCUUUGGCACGGCUGCAACAAGAACUACAAGUUCCAGUUUAUCCUAUCGGCCCUCUUCACAUUGCAGCUUCUGCGCCUUCUAGUUUGCUUGAAGAGGACAGAAGCUGCAUUGAGUGGUUGAACAAACAGAAACCAAGCUCUGUGAUAUACAUAAGCUUGGGAAGCUUAGCUCUAAUGGAAACCAAAGAUGUGUUGGAGAUGGCUCGGGGAUUGAGUAAUAGCAACCAACCUUUCUUAUGGGUGAUCCGGCCGGGGUCCAUUCCUGCCUCCGAAUGGACAGAGUCCUUACCGGAGGAAUUUAGUAAGUUGGUUUCAGAAAGAGGUUACAUUGUGAAAUGGGCUCCACAGAUGGAAGUUCUCAAACAUCCUGCAGUAGGAGGUUUUUGGAGUCACUGUGGAUGGAACUCGACGCUAGAGAGUAUCGGGGAAGGAGUUCCGAUGAUCUGCAGGCCUUUUACGGGCGAUCAGAGAGUCAAUGCAAGGUACUUAGAGAGUGUUUGGAGAAUCGGGGUUCAAUUGGAGGGAGAGCUGGAGAAAAGAACAGUGGAGAGAGCUGUGAAGAGUUUGCUUGUGGAUGAAGAAGGAGCAGAAAUGAGGAAGAGAGCCAUCGAUCUGAAAGAGAAGCUCGAAGCUUCUGCGAGAAGUGGAGGUUCCUCAUGCAGCUCAUUAGAGUACUUUGUCAAUUCCUUGAAAAUGAAGAAUUCCAUUUAG